CACCCAUACAUGACAUGAUGAUGAUGAUUGGAAAUCGCCCGCCAUUACUUCAUGUGGAUUUCAAAUCAAAUGGUGUCUUAGCUGCCAGGUUGAGAAAUGACGCGGUACUUUUCACCUAUAUAAGGCUGCCAUGUCUCAAACCGUCAUACGCUUUAACGGUCCCCGCGACUCGGUCCGCAACCUCAAGGCUUUCAAGGAGGAAAUCGCCGAGCCGACCAAAUAUGAAGUCUUGAUAAGGGUACAUGGUGUCUCGUUAAACUACCGUGAUAUUGCCGUUGCCACCUCUCUGUACCCAUUCCCCGUCAAAGAUAAUGUCAUUCCUUGCUCCGAUGCCGCCGGUGUCAUUGUUAAGGUUGGCGAGGGCGUCAAGAAGUUUGCUGUGGGAGACCACGUCAUUGGCACCUUUGAUCUUUCGAACCUCUUUGGUCAGCAGAAGGACUGGAAUAACGGCCAAGGCGGACCUAUUGACGGCGUACUCCGUGAAUACGUUUGCUUACCCGCGGCCUCUGUCGUCCAAAUCCCCAAAGAGUCGCCUCUGAGUUUUUGUGAAUGGUCUACUUUGGUUUGCACCGGUGUGACUGCCUGGAACGCUCUGUACGGAAAUAUUCCUCUCAGGCCAGGCCAGACUGUCUUAUUUCAAGGCACAGGUGGAGUAUCCAUCAGUGGCUUGAUCCUCGCCAAAGCCGCGGGAGCUAGAACCAUCGUGACCUCUUCUAGCGAUGAGAAGCUCGAUUUUGUCAAGCAGAAGUUCGGUGCUGACCUUACCGUCAAUUACAAGAAGCACCCUGAGUGGUCCAAAGAGGUCCUUCGUCUGACGAACGGAGAGGGUGUGGACUACAUUUUUGAAAACGGCGGAUCCGGUACGAUUGGUGAGAGCCUGAAGGCCAUCAAAAUGGGUGGUAAUAUCUCUGUUAUCGGCUUUUUGUCCCCAGCCGAACAGUCAAAAAUGCCUGAUGUCGCUUCCCUGGCUCUUGCCAAGGGUGCCGUCGUGCGUGGUAUCGUCGUUGGAUCCACGCAGCUGCUGGAGGAGGUCACGCGCUUCGUGACAACCAAGGGGCUGCGACUGCCUGUUGACAAAGUCUUUGACUUCAAGGAAGACGCAGUCAUCCAGGCUUAUGAGUAUGUCUCUUCCGGUUCUCAGAUCGGCAGGGUCUGUAUCAAGGUCGCGGAAUAAGUGUUCUGCGGUGAGGGAUUUAAGAGCCUUCGAUAGACAGACGGGGACGCUGAUGUCCUCGACGCAAAGCUUCC